CCGCGCUUUCGCCGUGCUUUACGGCAAGGCCGCACAGCGAGGAAGGAGGCGGUGGCGGGGCCGGGUCCGCCAUGGACCGGAGGAAGAAGCCGCUGGACGUGGCUGCGUCCUCGCUGGUAGAUCUCAAAGCUGAACUYUUCCGAAAGCAAGAGGAAUUCAAGAAAGAAAAACUAUUGAAAGAUGCUGGAGUCUUUGCAAARCCCAGAACUUCUAAUAAGAAACCAAGUAUCUGGACCAAACAGAACACUGGAGUUGUAAAUCGGGCUGCAAAAGAUGUUGAGCAGAAGGCGGAAGAGCGGGAUAUUUUGGAUGAAUCAAGGAGGAAGCUUGAAGAGAAAGCAAAGCUGUAUGAGAAAAUGACAAAAGGAGACUUCCCAGAUGAAGAAACUGAGGAUUUGUACCUGGUGGAUUUCACUCAGAAGAUCAUAGACAAACAGCACGAAAUACAGGAGCUGCAUCAGAGCGAAGCUGCUGGGAAAACUUCAGAAAGAGACACAGAUGAGGAGGAAACUCAGCUUGAWGCAGACAUUCCACCACCAGAGGAUCCAGAUGAGGAAUGGGUUGAUUAUGUCGAUUUCUUGGGCCGAUCUAGACGCUGUAUGAAGAAGGAUUUGCCAAGUCUGCUUAAAAUGGAUCAGGARCUUCAAGGGAAAAGACAAGAACCCGAUGGGAAUACUCUGUUAUCUGAAGACAUGAGAAGAGAACUUCAGAGGCAGCAGUGGGAAAAGGAAGAAGAAGAAGCYCUCAGAAAACCCAUGGGACCCAUACAUUAUGAGGACAUUCGAGAAAAUGAGGCCAGGCAGCUUGGUGUUGGUUACUUUGCCUUUUCUCGGGACCAAGAACUCAGGCAUAAACAACGGGCAACCCUGGAUAUGCUGAGGGAGCAGACACUUGAUCAGAGAAAUAAGCGUGAACAGCUGAAGGAGAAGAGGAAGGCAGCUCUAGAUGCAAGGCUGUCCAAACUUCGAGCACGGAAGAUUAAAAAAUUAAGGGAAGCUGGAUUAGAGGAAGAGGCAGAGAAACUGGAGAAUGGAGAGGUGAAAGCUGCUGCCGAGGAACCAGAACCUCCAAGAGUUACUGCAGCAAGUAGGAAGGUAGAGGUUGUCAUCCAGGAGAGGAGAGAUACAAAGCCUGGAGUGCCUUAUGUCCGAGAGUGGGAUAAAGGCAAAGAACUCAUGUUUGGACAAUGGGAAAAGAAACAGGAAGAACUUAGAGAUGAGCGAGACCCAGAAUUUGCACCACCUUCUGAUUACUUUUUGGGACAAAAGAAAGAUGACAGUUACCGAAGUCGGAAUCUGAGCAGUUCUGAAACCUUCUCUGAAAAACUGGAAACUGAGAGAGCACAAAACCAACAGAGGCCAUCGGUGCAGGGCAGCAGCAGCAGCAUUGGAGAUGUGCCACCGUCAGCACAGGCUUCCAACAGCAACGUUCCAGAUAAGCCAGCAUCAGCAGAGUCCACUGGCCGUGACACUCAGGGGGUGUCAUCAGCAGAGGAUGACAGCAGUGAAGAUGAGGGCAUGCUGCCACCCCCACAGGCUUAUGGCUACGGUGCCCGAGGUGUGCCACCACCACUGAGGGGUUAUGGCUACGGUGCCCGGCGUGUGCCACCACCCAUGCCAGCCUACGGCUACGGYGCUCCCGAGGUGCCCUUCCCAGUGCAGGCUUACGGCUAUGGAGCACCAGGAAUGGUGCCACCAAUGCACGGGUAUGGCUAUGGCACCCCCGAGAUGCCCUUUGCAAUGCAGGCUUAUGGCUAUGGCACACCAGGAAUGCAGGCCUGUGGCUGCAGCGCUCAGGAUGUGCCACCAGGAAUGCAAACUUGUGGAUGCAGCACCCAGGAUGUGCCACCAGCAAUGCAGACCUGUGGAUGCAGCACCCAGGAUUUGCCACCAGGAACACAGGCCUGUGAUUGCAGCAGCCAAGAUGUGCCACCAGGAAUACACRCUUGUGGAUGCAGCAGCCAAGAUGUUCCACCAGGAACACACACCUGUGGCUGCAGCACCCAAGAAAUGCCACCAGGAACAGACAUGUGUGGUAGCAGCACCCAGGAUGUGCCACCAGGAAUGCAGCUCAGUGGCUGCAGCACUCAGGAUGUGGCACCUCCAGUGCAGACUGACAGCACUGACACURCAAAUCAGGAACCACUGUACCAAAGUUUAGAUGAUAUGCUGUCUUAUUACAGACAAGUGACUUGAGCCAAGCCAAAGCAUAAGCAAGAACCAUGAUCUGAAGAACUGAAACAUAAUUAUGUGCUCGGCAGAAUAUUAUUUUCCCACWUAUGGGAAAAAUAAGUUUCUGUAAGUAGAACAAAAUAAAUCUCCUGAACACCUAAGCUGUUUUACAUCACAGCUAUACUUUUGCCCUGUUGGUUGUUUUUUUUUUCUUGCCUCUUUACUAAAAUUUAACUCUUUGACACUUAUACCUGAACUUAAGGGUAUAUGAAUUACUUGCUUUCAGGA